AAUUUGAUUCAAUCAUCUGCUCAGUUUUGUCAACAUUUAUUUUUUAGAACCCAUCCACCAUCGUAAAAUAAUAACAAUUAACAUUUUGUAUUUUAAAAAUCUACAGGGUAUCGCGUGCAAUUUAAUUUACGGCUAAAUACAAGUUCGUUCAGAUUCGCCAUGUCCGACCAGCUCUGUUUGCUCUGCUUACGAUCCUUUCACCUAGGAGAGGGAACCAACUCGGCGAAAUUUUCCACCACAAACAUCCGGGUGGCGACGUUGUGCCAAUUGUUACGACCGAGUUAUAAUGAUAAGGCAGGUUAUCUUCAAUUUGAGAAGGACGAGACAUGUCAAUUUUGUUCGACUUGCUAUCCCCAUGUCAGCCAAGUGGAAGAAAACCGGAAGCAAAUUGUCCUCCUGGAGGAACAAAUUGGGCGAAAUGUUGAUCAUAUUCGAACCACAAUUUUAAAUUCAUCGUCUUCAUCUCAGGAAGACAACACAAUUAUUGACAUUCGAAAUAUUCUACUUCGUCUGACCGCGGAGGAGGAGGAAGAAGACGACAAUUAUGCACUGGACGAAUUUCAAGUCAAACUAGAGCCGGAAAUUGACCAUAGUAAUGACGUCGAUCCAUUGGAGGAUGGGGAUUUUCAUUUCGAUUACUCGUCAAAUAAUCACCUGGAUCUCAAAGAAGAAGACGAUGAAGAUGACGAUUCUUCUUUUUGUAUAACUCCUUGCUCACUAAAUGAGUCAAACGUCGUCGUCAAAUCAAGGCGCCGAAAGGGCACAAAGCGCAAGACACCAACUACACUAAAAAGAAAAAAUGACACGAAAAAACGAAAACGGGAACAAAAUAUAGAAACAACGACUCCAAAACGAAUCAAGCAAGAAUUUCCUCCCACCCUGGAAGCGACACGAUCCUCUUCACGUAUCAAAAACUCCACCCAUCCUCUAAAAGACGUUAAAGAAAUAUUUCCAAAGAAAAAAACUCUUCAAAAAUCUGCCCCCGAUUUCCAAUUAUUAAAUGAUAUAAAGUCUGACGACCCAGAUUGGGCUGAAAACAAUUCCUCCACCCCCAAGAAUGAAUCUCAGCCUAAAAAGUUCAUUCCUCGCUCCGUACCGAACGCCCAUUUCUACCCGUGUCCCGUCCCCGGGUGCUCGUCUUACUCCACCUCCAGCCUGAGAAGGGAGACCCACCUGAAGCGGAUUCAUGGAGGCGGAGCUCACUUCCCGUGUCCCAUCUGCCCCAAAAAGUUCCAACGCCAUUACUCCGUCGCCAUGCAUUUGGCGAAAAGUCACGAAAAAGGGGAAAAAACCUUGGCCUGCGUCAAAUGUGGGAAGAAAUUCUGUCUCAUUCAGAAUUUGGAGAGACAUUUAAACUUUCACGAAAUCGAGGAAGCCAAACCCCUUGUUUGCCACGUGUGCGAUUUACGAUUUGAAAACGACACGAAGCUUGGCCUACAUUUGGUCCAACACAGUUCGAAACGCUACACAUGCAGCCACUGUGGGAAGGGAUUCGGCAAUAAGCCUCCUUUGGAUAAACACAUUCGCCUUGAGCAUACGGGAGAACGACCGGAAAAAUGUGACCAGUGCGAGGAGUCCUUCGUUGACAAGGUGGCCCUCACUCGUCACGUGGCCUACGUCCACACUGAGACCAAAGAACACGUCUGUCAUAUUUGUGGAAAAGACUUUCACCUCUUAAAUGUCUUGAAGUGGCAUCUCAAACGACAUGACGAAAAGAAAAGGCAUGCCUGCGAAACGUGUGGUGAAACGUUUUUAGACCCGUGUACCUUGCAAUCACAUCGAGUCAGGAUGCACAACGAGGCGCCUGUGAUUUGUGACGAGUGUGGGAAAGCCUGUAGCUCGGAUAACACGUUACGAAAACAUAAGUUGACCCAUUUGGAAGUGAAGCCACACCAAUGCAGUGUUUGCCAGGCUCGUUUCGUUCGGAAGUCAGAACUCGACAGUCACAUGAGGGCUCACACGGGGGAACGGCCUUAUCCCUGCCCCCACUGCGAGAUAGCGUUCAAGACGAGGAAGCAUUUGGCCGUGCACGUACAACGGUUCCACACACCUGGCUACGUCGUCCGGAUCCGGCACCCGUGCCCCCACUGCGACAAGGGCUACCCUUCCAACUGCUUCCUCCAGGCGCACAUCCGUCAAGUCCACACGGGCGAGCGGCCCUUCGUCUGCGACCAGGCCGGGUGUGGAAAAGGGUUCGCGAAAAAGACGUCGCUCUACCUGCACUUGAAGGGUCAUCAUGGUCUCGUAAUAGAGAAAAAGCGUAAACACGUGCUGCCGAAAGGAAAGAGGAACGUGAUUCCUUCCGUGGAGGAAAACGUGUGCAAUUAAACUUAAAUUUAAUUUUUACUAUGUAAUAAUAUUGUAAAAUUGAACUGAUUUUAUUACACGUAAUACAUUUUUCUACCAAGAUUA